AUGGAUUAUCGUCUGAAGUGGAAACCACGAGAUUUUGGCGAUUUACAAAAUAUACUGAUUUUUAAGAGUAAACAAUUAUGGAGACCUGAUUUAGCAUUUGGAAACCGUAAAAAGAACGGGCUGUUUGAUUUGGCAUCGGGCAAUAAUGCAUCGCGUUUGAUGGUUGAGUCCGACGGUUACGUAACAUGGUUACAUGGUUCAGUUUUAGAACUAUCUUGCCCUCUUGAUAUGACUAAAUUACCAUUUGACAGACAAAAAUGUUAUCUGGUUUUGACUACACUAUAUAGUACAAUCAAACAAUUAGAAAUCAAUCUAAAAAUCGAUCAUUUAAGUAUUGAUAACAGUUUUAUGCCCAACGCUAAUCACAGUGAAUGGAUAGUUGAGGAGAUUGGUUAUCAUUCUUCUGUAUACUCGAGGCAAACUAACUCAAAAUAUCAAUAUUUGGUAAUAUCUAUUAAACUGAAACAUGAACCCUUGUACUUUGUUACAUUUGUUGUCGCACCAUUCACAUUGAUUUCAACGUUAACAUGUUCAAUAUUUACAUUGAGUUAUCCAAGUGAUCGGUUAGCUACUGCAUUAUCAUUAUUCUUUGGUGCAACAGUAUAUGUUAUUACUGUGUCAUCAAACACACCUCGAUCUGUGAGUCAGAUACCACUUUUAGGUGAGUAG